GCCCCGGGUGUCCGGUGACCCUUUCCCUCCGCUUCUGUCCCGUCCCCUCUCGCGGGCGGCGGUGUGAGCGCGUCAUGGCCGCCUCGAAGCCCGUGGAGGCGGCGGGCGGCGGCGGCGGCGGCGCGGGGCUGUCUCGCUGGCAGCUGGCGUUGGUUCUGGGGGCACCUAUUCUGCUGGGCGCUGGCGCGCUCUACCUGUGGGGACGGCGCACGGCCCGCCGCGGCGGCAAGGGCGCGAGCGAGCGGAAGACCCCUGAGGGGCGGGCGAGCCCCGGGCCCUGCGGCGGCGGGCAGCCCGAUGGGCCCGGCCACGAGGAGACGAGCCCUCUUGAUAGAGCCCAAGCUGCUAAGAACAAAGGGAACAAAUAUUUUAAAGCCGGAAAGUAUGAGCAAGCUAUUCAGUGUUAUACUGAGGCUAUCAGCCUGUGUCCUCCUGAGAAAAACCUUGAUCUUUCUACCUUCUAUCAAAAUAGAGCUGCUGCAUAUGAACAACUGCAAAAAUGGACAGAGGUGGCACAAGACUGCACGAAGGCUGUUGAGCUUAAUCCUAAAUAUGUAAAAGCUCUCUUCAGACGUGCAAAAGCUCAUGAGAAGCUAGACAAUAAGAAGGAAUGUUUAGAAGAUGUCACUGCAGUCUGCAUUUUAGAAGCUUUCCAAAACCAGCAGAGUAUGUUAUUAGCUGAUAAAGUUCUUAAACUUCUUGGAAAAGAAAAGGCCAAAGAGAAAUAUAAGAAUCGUGAGCCUCUGAUGCCCUCACCACAGUUCAUUAAAUCCUACUUCAGUUCUUUCACAGAUGAUAUAAUUUCCCAACCUUUGCUUAAGGGCGAGAAAUCAGAUGAAGAUAAGGAUAAGGAGGGAGAGGCUUCUGAAGUAAAAGAAAACUCUGGCUAUUUAAGAGCAAAACAAUAUAUGGAAGAAGAGAACUAUGACAAAAUUAUCAGUGAAAGCACAAAAGAAAUUGAAGCAAAAGGAAAAUACAUGGCAGAAGCUUUGCUUCUGCGAGCUACUUUCUACUUACUUAUUGGCAAUGCAAAUGCUGCCAAACCAGACCUAGAUCAGGUCAUCAGCAUGGAAGAUGCAAAUGUGAAGCUCCGAGCUAAUGCUCUGAUCAAACGAGGAAGUAUGUAUAUGCAGCAGCAACAACCUGUGUUGUCCACUCAGGAUUUCAACAUGGCUGCUGAUAUUGAUCCUCAGAAUGCAGAUGUUUACCACCAUCGAGGACAACUGAAAAUCCUGCUUGACCAAAUUGAAGAAGCUGUGGAAGACUUUGAUGAAUGUAUCCGAUUGCGACCUGAUUCUGCCUUGGCUCAAGCACAGAAGUGUUUCGCUCUGUAUCGCCAGGCUUAUACAGGAAGUAACGCUUUGCCUGUGCAAGUAGCCAUGAAGGGCUUCGAAGAUGUCAUUAAAAAAUUCCCAAAGUGUGCUGAAGGUUAUGCACUCUAUGCUCAGGCACUAACUGAUCAACAGCAGUUUGGCAAGGCUGAUGAAAUGUAUGAUAAAUGCAUUGACCUUGAGCCAGACAAUGCCACUACAUAUGUUCAUAAAGGUUUACUUCAGCUCCAGUGGAAGCAAGAUUUAGACAAAGGGUUAGAACUCAUAAGCAAGGCAAUUGAAAUCGAUAACAAAUGUGAUUUUGCAUAUGAAACCAUGGGAACUAUUGAAGUGCAAAGGGGUAAUCUGGAUAAAGCCAUUGAAAUGUUUAACAAAGCUAUCAACCUGGCCAAAUCUGAAAUGGAGAUGGCCCACCUCUACUCACUCUGUGAUGCUGCCUAUGCCCAGACAGAAGUUGCAAAGAAGUAUGGAUUGAAACCACCAACACUGUAAAGAAACAAGGAGGAAAUGACCUUCUAAAGUGAAGUUGCCCACUUCAGUCAUCCCUAAAGAUGCUGUUGGAGACCAUGUUGAAUGGUGGAAUUUAGUUUUUUCCUGUUUGUGGUGUUGUCAUUUGCUACAUCUGUUAAAUGUUUAGGUGUUGUGGGAUUGGUUGUUCAAGGAAGUAUGCAGUGUUGCAUCUUGUUCUUUCUCCAGUAAAAACCUUAAGGUGUGUUAAGGGAAAUGAAGUUGCAGGGGAACAAAAGGAAGAUACUUUGGCCAUGCAAAUAAAAACUUCACACUGGUUCAUUUUGGGUGAUUAUGUUGUGGGCAAUUUUUGCUUUAUCAACCAAUAUAACAGCAUGUUGGGGUUUUUCCUGUUGAUUUUAAGGGUAAUACUAGUCAGUGCUGUAAAAUAGGUUUCUUUUUUAUAUGCCGUUAAUCUUUGAGGGUUGAUUUUAAUUUUGCAAAAAGGAAAAAAAUAACUUUCAAACUGUUUAAUAAUAGGGUUUUUUUAAGUCAGAUGUGGAGAGAAUCCCUGUAAAUAUAUGCAGGCAUGCACAAUCUUCCCUUAAAGCCCCUCCCACCUUCUGCACACCUUACUUAGAAAUAGUCCUGUGGCAGCUAUUAGGGAAUUAAUUUGAUAGUCCUUAUGCUCACCCCAGAAAGCCCUAUCAUACUAUCUUGGAGAGCAAGUAAAUUGAUUGGCUUUGGAAAGAGGUCAGGUAACAGUGCUCCAGUGCAGGUUUUACUGGAAGAAAGGCCUUGUUUCUGUGCUGCGGUCCUUACUUGAAUGUCACAGGAAAUUGUUCUGGAGGGUUCAGAGGGACUUCAAAGAACAGAAAGCACUGCUGGGUGUAUUGCUCCCAAGGUAAGGUCUUGCUCGCAUAUAAUCUUUGUUAUCUCUGAUGCUUCUGCUCAAAUGUAACAGCUAAUCCACUGAAUACUCUUCAGGCUAGAGACUGCAGUGUUCUGAUCUGCUCCUUAUAACAGAUCCUUUGCGGGAUUAAAUGAGAUAAGGAUCAAAGCAUAGGCUAAAACUUCAAAUAAUGGAUCUAGAAUCUGUACUGGUUUUCUUGUUCCUUAGGCUCUGUCUUGUCCAAGAUGACAAAUACUGUAGAGAGGAAGCACCUGUUAUGCAAGUGGCAGAUCAGGAAAUCAUUAAAUACCAGUAUAAACUGUUUCCCUCCAGCUGGGAACUUCACAGAGGGCUCUCCUGCUUUGGGUUGAUCUUUGAAUCUGUGGAAGCCAGUCAGUCCAUCUCACCUCUCCAUGGAUUGAUGUGGUGGGAUCAACCUAAUGCCAGUACUUAACUGAUGUAGCUUAAUUUAUUAUACGCUAAUUUGGGCUUCUUUCCAUCCUUAAAUUGUCUGUUUGCUUGUGCUGAAUUGGCUACUGUAUUUCAGCUUUUAAAGAAAUGAAUCAUGCUGUGGUCAAACUAUUGUUCUUUAGUUGUGCCACCACAUAGCAGCAGCUUGACCUUGCUUUCUCCCAGCAACUACAAUGAGAAUUCAAAUGGUGGAGAGUAGACAUAAAGAUUUAAUCAUUAUAUUUUAACUAGCUCAGUAGGUGAUCUGAAAUCAUAGCACUGGUGUAGAAUUGAAGUCAGUGGAAGGUACUGGCAGCUUCUAAGGACACUUCACAUAAUGAGUGUCAGCUCUCUUCUGGAACUUCCAACCUCUGCACUGAUGACCUGAGAAUAAAAAUACGCCAGACUGACUUGUGUCCUCCUGAGGAGUUUUUAUUCGCAUGGCCUUACUUACAUUGUCAUUUUUCCUCCUCACCCCACCUGUACCCCAUUACUUACCCCACCCAAUCAAUUAAGGGAAAAAAGCAUGUGCUGUUGAACACUAGCAUUCCAAAUCAUCACAGACUUUUGCCUGUUCUUGAACUAGUUUGAAACUGCACUGAAAGGGUGCAUUGUCUGUAUUUUUUUUUGUAAAUGAUAUAUUACCUGUAAACUGAAAAAAAUAAAUAUUACCUUCAACUA